CCAAAUAGUUCAACGGGAGGUAACUCCAAAUGAAAAACGUCAUUGUUUAUUUUCAAAGUGACAUCGAAGAAUGAUGAAAAUGUUUAGAUGGGUACAAAUGUAAUGCAGGACGGUUUACCAAUGAGUGACAGAUAUUCUCCAAACUAUUCCCCAAAUUAUUCUCCCCGACGUUAUCAACAAGAUGAAGAUUAUGAUCGAUUUCGACAAUCUCUUGAAGCCGAACAACCAAAAACGGUUCCAUCGCAACCGGAUCAAGUACAAAAGGCUGCUGGAUUUGCAAUAGGUCUUUCAAGUGUUUUUGCGGAGCAGUUAUUGUCACAUCCUUGUCAAGUAUUGAGGAGACAGUGCCAGGUUCAUCAUAAUGGAGAUUGGUAUCAUUUAACACCUUUUACUUUAAUACAGGUGUUAUUAAACCUCCAUAGACAUCAGGGACUGGGAACUCUAUGGAAAGGAAUUGGUAGUGUUUUUGUUGUUCGAGGCCUAGUGAUGAUUUCAGAUACAGUUAUUAGUGAAUUCACUCCCUUUCCUAAGGAAAUAACCAGACAUAGUAGUAUUAAAAAGAAUUUUGAGCACAUUUUGUUGAAAAGCUUGACAUUUGUGUUGACUACACCUUUUUUUGCAUCAAGUCUCAUAGAGACUCUUCAGAGUGAUAUCGCCAGUGAGAAACCAGGAGUAUUUGAUUGUUUAAAAGAAGGUGUGACCAGAGUAAUGGGAUGGGGAAUGCCACAGACAACACGUUUAUUGCCUAUCUGGAAAUUAGUUUUUCCUACAGCUGUAUUUCGAGUUUCCCAUUAUAUAAUUACAUCUAUAGCUCAGUAUACUGUCGUGUCUUCUAUACGAUCAGAUCAACAAGAAAACACGGAUCAUUCUAUAGAGCAGACGCCAAUGUCCCAGACCCUGUAUGAUCAAUAUUUCCCAGAUUUACUUGGUACAUUUUCUGGUGCCAUCAUAGCAGACGUAACUCUGUAUCCGAUAGAAACGGUUCUAAACAGACUAUAUGUUCAAGGCACACGAACCAUCAUAGAUAAUAUGGAUACUGGGUGUGGUGUAAUACCUAUUAACACAGGCUACGAGGGAUUUAUCGACUGUUUUAGGAGUAUUAUAUUAGAAGAAGGACUACCGGGGCUGUAUCGAGGUUUCGGAGCUCUUGUGUUACAGUAUGCAAUACAUGCAGCCAUUUUAAGAACGGCUCGCUUUCUGUUUGUAAAGUUAACAGACCAGUAUAGACCACAGCUUCCACCACCUUCACCUAAAGUUAAUACCAGUGCUAGUAGCAGCAUUCAUCAUUCUCCUUAUAGUAGACCAAGUACUAGUUCUUAUCCCGGAUAUUACCAAUCCUCCUAUAGAGACCCUUAUCCUUAAAAAUCCUUAAAACAUUAGUAAGCUACACCCCACACGGUAAAACCUCUUGAAAAGUAUUGUUAUACAUAUAACUCUCUCCUAGUCAUCAGAAAUAACAGGCCUUUUUAAAUCUAACUAUCUAACAUUGGUAUUUUUAUUUUCUUUUGUUAAACAUACAUUAUGCAAGAGGUAAAUCUGCCUUUUGCAGGUCUUUCUUUAGGUCUACAAUGUUAUAUAAACUAUUAAAUAGACAAUAAUUAACUUAUCAACACCAUAGUCAACGCUCGAUGCCAUCGCUAGCCUAUGAUAUUUAGCGGAUUGGAAUAUAUUUUUUUGAAAAAUAAUUGAACCUAAAAAUGGAUAAACGAGACUUUGUUAUUUAUUACCCCUACUUUAGUAAUGAUGAUCGAGGCUAGCCUAAUAUUCAAAAAUUAAUAUCUUGGUUCAGAGUGGAGCAAUUUGACUGAAUUUUUCAUCAUAUUCUAUUUACGUUAUCUAUUUUUUAACUAUUAUAGCGAGAACAGUUAACCCUUUAUCUAAUCUCUCAUAAUGCCCCUUUAAGGUAGGGUCAACUUUUAUUACAUCUUAAAUUUUGCUGUGUGGGGCACCCUAACAUUAGUAUAGUAAAUAUGUGAUACACUUUUUACAGGACUUUGUUAUUGUUUAAUAAAUGUGAUAUAAUUUUAUGAGAGUAGUUUAUUUGAAGAUUUAUAAUAUAAUGAAUUAAAUUAUUUAUGUGUGAUUGUGUGGCAGACAUAAUAAUUAAAAUAGACAUUUCUCAAGUGUAGGAAAUGAAGUGUAAGUAUGUUUAUGUUAUAAAUGCCUAGGAUAUGAAUUUAAACUUAUCUUCUUUCCUGUAGUACUCCGUUUUCUUCUCAGUGUUUCAUUUGAUACAGUGGUUUCGAUUGUAUGUGACAAGGAGUAGGGUCGCCUGUCCCACCUCGUGGUGGGUUUUCUCAAGGUCAUCCGGUCUCCUCCCACAGCUAACGACCCCUACCUGCAAGAGAAUUAUUGAAAUACAAUUGAACCAUAUGUUAGGCCCGAAAUGACCUGGUUUGUGUUGAGUGGUUGUUGAACUCUCUCUCCCUUCCUCUCUCUCUCCCACUCUCACUCUGGUUUGUUCAUAAUUGUUAGAUUUACAUGUAUAGUUUGUAUAUAUCUCAGUUGAUUCAAUCUGAUUAAAACACAGAUCCUAUUUCAUUUCGUUUUUUAUAGUUCAAAAUUUCGUUUUACUUGUCUUUACUACACUUGGAUCUGUAAGAGUUGUUAUAUAACACACAUUCUGGAUGAUGUGAGGGAUUAGCCAAUACGGCGAGUUUUAGGCGUGAGGUGCACGGAACUGUGGGUAAGCCACUAUGAACAAAACACUGAUUGGUUAACCAAAUGUCUGACAUCACAGGUCAAAAGCCGCUCGUAAGACCCCUGGCGUGUAGGCCAUCGAAAGUAUAAAAAACGAAACGAAACAUAGAUCUGUAUUAUAAUCGGAUUGCAGUUGAUUGAAUAACUGUAUAGGUUUUUAUAUGGCUGUAUUUGCGAUAUGAAUUUUACAACCAAUAAAUAUAUGAGUCACCUUCAAA